AACCCAACCUUCUCAAAACGAGACCUUUUGGUGCUUAGUGUUGUGCAUUCACUUUGGAUUUCUAGAGGAGAAUUAGAACUGGGACUUGGAAUCAAAUGCAUAAGAAUGAAUCCAUGAGAAGAAAACCUCCUUCAUGGACAGAGGGGUACAGAGUUAUUUGGAGUUGUCAAGAGAAUUAAGCCCUGCUAUGCACCAAAGACAGAUGUAGGGGCCAUGGGCAUAGAUGCUUUUGUGGUCAAUGAAUUGGUGAAGUCCUCACAGGCUAGAGAUUCUCAGGUCUCCUCCUGCCUGAAAUCAGCUCUUUCCUUAGUGGAGUCUUCUUGAUUGAAUUGUGUCUACUGAUGCUAUGUCACAAAGGGGUGGCUUUGCUUUCUCCAGAGUCACCUAAGGCCUCAUUGGAAGACCAGGGCCAUGCAACCAGAGGGGUUGAAAUGUAGGAUGGAGGAAUCCAAAGCAGAGAGGGGCACAGCCGAGCCCUUCCCGAGGCUCCACAACUUGCACAGCAUCCCUCGCUGCGCGCAGCAGGCCGCCCUGCCCCGGCUGAGCCGCAGGAUGGCGAGCCAGCACUCCUACCCGCUGAACCGCUUCUCCUCCGUGCCCUUAGACCCCAUGGAGCGCCCCAUGUCUCAGGCCGACCUGGAGCUGGACUACAACCCGCCGCGGGUGCAGCUCAGCGACGAGAUGUUCGUGUUCCAGGACGGGCGCUGGGUGAAUGAGAACUGCCGCCUGCAGUCUCCCUACUUCUCCCCAUCCGCCUCCUUCCACCACAAGCUGCACCACAAGAGGCUGGCCAAGGAGUUCGUGCUGCAGGAGGAGAACAAGUCUCUGCGGGAGGAGAACAAGGCCCUGCGCGAGGAGAACAGAAUGCUCCGCAAGGAGAACAAAAUCCUGCAGGUCUUCUGGGAGGAGCACAAGGCCUCGCUGGGCCGGGAGGAGAGCCGGCCCCCCUCACCGCUGCCGCAAAAGGACAGCGCGUCCCUGGAGGUGGUGAAGAAGGACCACGUCGCCCUGCAGGUGCCCCGCGGCAAGGAGGACAGCACCCUGCAGCUACUACGGGAGGAGAACCGCGCGCUGCAGCAGCUGCUGGAGCAGAAACAGGCCUACUGGACCCAGACAGAGGACGCAGCCGCCCCCGCCGAGGAAAGCAAGCCCGCCCCCUCGCCCCACGAGGAGCCCUGCAGCCCCGGGCUGCUGCAGGACCAGGGCUCCGGCCUCUCCUCCCACUUCGAGGAGCCCAGAGGGCCCCCCGCCCCGCAGGAGGACUCCAAGACCCUGCGCGCCCUGCGGGAGAUGGUCAGCAACAUGUCCGGGCCCUCCGGGGAGGAGGAGGCCAAGGCGGGCCCGGGCCUGCCCGACGGCUGCCAGCCCCUGCAGCUGCUGAGAGAGAUGAGGCAGGCGCUGCAGGCCCUGCUCAAGGAGAACCGGCUCCUGCAGGAGGAGAACAGGACCCUGCAGGUGCUACGGGCGGAGCACAGGGGCUUCCAGGAGGAAAACAAGGCCCUGUGGGAGAACAACAAGCUGAAGCUGCAGCAGAAGCUGGUCAUCGACACCGUGACCGAGGUCACCGCGCGCAUGGAGAUGCUCAUCGAGGAGCUCUACGCCUUCAUGCCGGGCAGGAGCCAGGACCCCAAGAAGCCCAGCAGGGUCUGAGGCCUCCGCCGUGCACCGGGACGCCGAGUUUGGGACACCGAACACUGGACAAAAGAGAAUCCCCUGCCUGCCUUUGUCGUCCUCGCCUUUCCCAACCAGUUCGUACCUAUUGAAAAGCAGCGUUAGUGGCCUUCCUAAACUCAGAGUAUUAAUAAAGGUGUGAGGAGGCUGGGGCCAGUUGAUACCAGCA